CACAAACAACACAACCAUGAUCGAGUCCAAGCUUACCCCCCCAAAUCCCCUGGGCAUCGCCACCCUCAGCCUCGGCAGCGCAGCCCACCACACCCUCGAAGCGCGCCUCCACGCCGCCGCCGCAGCAGGAUACACACACAUCGACCUGUUCGACGACGACUGGGCCCACUACCUGAGCGCGCACCACUCGCGGGCCCUCCCCCGACCGCAGACCCCUUGGACAUCCACCCCGGAGACCCUCCGCAUCGCGGCGCAGCUCGGCUCGCUCGCCGCCUCCCUCUCCCUCAAGAUCGCCUGCACGCAGCCCUGCCGCGAGGUCGAGGGGAUCCUGGACCCCACCGCGCGGCGCGCCGCCCUGGACUCCGUCGCCGCCCGGUUCCCCUUCAUGCGGGCCUUCGGCACGGAUCUCGUGUUCCUGUGCGCCAACAUCCGCACCGACGAGGGGGUCACCUCCGAUUUGGAGGUCGUGGCGAAGGACCUCGCCGAGCUGGGCGAUAUGGCGCGCGCGUACGCGGAGGCCGACGGCGGGCCGAUGCUCAGGAUCGGGUACGAGGGGCUCAGCUGGGCGCGGAGGAAUACCUGGGCUAGUUCGUGGGAGGCGGUGCAGGCGGCGGACCGGGCGAAUGUGGGGUUGGUCGUGGACGCAUUUAAUGUUCUAGCCGUGGAGUGGGCGGAUCCGUAUGCUGCUGAUGGGUCGGGGAGAGUACAUGGGGAUUUGGAGGUGGCGAGGCGGGGGUUGAGGGUGUCGAUGCGGAGCUUGGUGAGGCGUGUGCCUGCGGAGAAAAUCUUCUUCUUUCAGGUGGGCGACGCGGUGAGGGUGGGGCUGGAGGAGGUUAGGGCUUGGGAUGUGCAGGGUGAGACGCCCAGGCUUUUGCCUUGGUCCAGGGGGUAUCGUUUGUUUCCCGGGGAGAAGGAGAGGGGCGCUUAUUUGCCGGUGGAGGUGGUGGCUGCUGCUGUGUUGGAGACGGGGUAUGAGGGCCCCGUGUCGUUGGAGGUGUUUAAUCACUCGUUGAGUGAGAAGGAUGCCUCGGUGCCGAGGGUGCAUGCCGAGCGGGGGAUGAAGGGGCUGAGGUGGUUGUUGGAGGAGGUGGCCAAUGUGCCGGCUUUGGGGGAUGCGACUCAAUAGUGGGGAUGAGAGAUUGUUAUGCUAUACUGUAUGAG